UGGUGCAUUUUUUAAUUCUUAUUUUGCGUUCAUUCAUUUGUAUAUAACUGUUCUAUAUUUAGUGAGUUAGUUUUAGUGGAAAUCUUCCUUCACUCUUAUAAGGGUAUUUUAUUUCUGUUCAGCUGUCAAGUUACAUGCAGAGUAUUAGUUGUUACCCGGCAUAAAUCGAUAAAAUAAUGAGUUAUCCACCAUCUUCUCCCAGUGCCCCACCACCUGGCAUUAAUCCUGCUAUUUUUAGUGGUGGGGAAACAGCACCAUAUCCUUCUGGUCCAGGAUAUCCACCUGGUGCCUAUCCACCUCCUGGUGGUUAUCCACAGCCUAUGGAAACUUAUCCUCCUGCAGGAGGAUAUCCCCAACCAGGAAUUCCAAUGACUCACCAGCCUCAACCUGGAGCUGGUUAUCCACCUCCAGGUGCUAUGCAACCUGGUUCUGAUUGGAUGCCCAUACCUACUGGUGUUCCUGUUUGUCCUCGGGGACUUGAAUACUUGACGAUGAUUGAUCAGCUUCUUGUUCAUCAAAAAGUGGAACUUCUUGAAGCUUUCCUGAGCUUUGAAACCAAAAAUAAGUACACAAUAAAGAACAGCUUGGGUCAGAAAAUUUAUACUGCAAAAGAAGAUACGGAUUGCUGUACCAGAAACUGUUGUGGAAAUUCUCGUCCAUUUGAUAUAAAGAUAAAAGAUAAUGCUGGCAUGGAGAUCAUACAUUUAUCUAGAGACCUUCGAUGCUCCUCUUGUUGUUUCCCUUGCUGUUUACAGAGAUUAGAGGUUUUUGCACCACCAGGGCAGUUUAUUGGUGCUGUAGUCCAAGAGUGGAGCAUUUUAACACCCCAGUUUCGUGUUGAAAAUGAAAGAGGCGAAGCAGUAUUUAAAAUUGAAGGACCCUGUUGUACAUUUUCAAUUUGUGGUGAUGUAGAUUUCCAGGUACUUUCUACAAACGGUAUUGAAGUUGGCAAGAUUUCUAAGCAGUGGUCAGGUUUAUUGAGAGAAGCCUUUACAGAUGCUGAUCAUUUUGGAAUUACAUUUCCAAUUGAUUUGGAUGUCAAAAUGAAGGCAACUUUAUUAGGAGCUUUGUUUUUGAUUGAUUAUAUGUUCUUUGAGAAAGAAGGAAACAAAGAAAGUGAUGGGCCUGGUAUGCUGUAGGGAAGCGAUUCUUCAAAAGAUGGUGCCUAAAUAUCAAGCUCUUUUUAUCAAUAUUUUUUGAAAUGCUAUAUUUUGUCAAACUUAUUAAAUUGCUAUUCAUGUACUGAAUGCAUGCCAAAGUCACCAUUAGCAUUUAUUUCUGUUGUAGCUAUCAAACCAGUAUAGAUGUAAAAUCCUAGAAAAUUAAUACAUGCUGUAAAUGUCACAAACUAAUAUUAAUCCCUUGAUGAAUAGCAAACUGCUAUUGCUGUCACCAUUUCAUGUGUAAUCCUCUUGAAGUACAACUGUUCAAAUCUGUAUCUUAAUUUUUGUGAUGAAUUUUAACUUGAUAAGCAUUUUAUUGCGACAUUUGCUAUGUUAUUUAUUUACAUUUACGAUUUUUGAAAUUUUUUGGUUUAGAAUACUUAAGUACUACAAAUGAUGUUCGAUUGAUAAAAAGGUUUAUUGGCUUGUUUAUUGAAUGCUAAAUUUCUUAAUUAAGUUGGUUUAAACCAAAUUUGAAAUUGUGAGCUGAGACGAUAAAUGAUAUUGCAUAAAUUAAAGUUGAGAUCCCCAAAAUUUUCAUAUCAUAAUCUUAAAAUAUUUAAGUACAGGUAGAUAUAUAUUUCAAAAUUAAAUAGUCUUAAUUACUGUUAAUUAAUGUUUCACUUUCUUAUUUAUUUUUCAUAUUUAAGGGUCUCUGAAGAUGUUUCAAAAGAAACCUGGGCUAUGGGGAAUGUUUAAAAAGCCUUGGGUUAAUUUUUAACCACCCUCAAUGAAAUAUUAAAAGAACCUAAUCUUUAAGAAACUGAUCAAAGAAAAGCUGCUCUCUUUUUCACUCUCAUAAUUUGGCUAUCAUCCAAAUAUAAAAAAAGAAAAGUUUUUAAGUGUUAAAUAGAAAUUUCAAGUAUCAGCAAGUUUUAACUUUUCUUAUAAGCUUUUUAGUCUGAUGAUGCUGCGUAAAAACAAUGCAGCUUUCCUUGGGACCUGAAUAUUGAUAAUAUUUAUCCAUUUGAUUGAAAUUAUCUUUUAACUAGCAUUGCUUAAAGUAGUAUUAUUCAAUGUGAUAUUUUUGUUACAUCUUUUGCCAGUGAAUAAUUCCAUAUGCUGAAGUUUCAAUUAACAGAUAUGGAAUGUUUAUUUUGUUUUAAGUCAUUUUGUUUUAUUCCAGAUUUCUUUAUUUUUUGUUAUGUUAGAAGAGAUUAAGAAAAUUAAUCAUGAAGAGAUAUAAUUUGUGCUAGAAAUGGUUAUAGCUGCAUGCUUUACUUAAGUGGUUGUGCAAUUGUAAUUAUUUCUUUUAAUCAGGCAAAAUUAUGUUUUACUUUUCUUAGUAAUAUUUAAUUGUCCAUUAAACACUAUAUAAUUUUACCAAUAAAAAGCCAACAUUGUUUUGCUUUUUUGUGUAUGUGUAAUCUUAAUAAUCCUAUUAAGAGAUUGAAACAUAUUUUGAAUUACAAAUAUUUCUUAUCUAAAGAUAAGAUAUGCAAAAAUAAUUGAGAUUUUUUUUCCUGUCCUGUUUUUUUGUAAAUUGUUUCAUCAAAAAGGAUACUUCUAAAAAAAACAUAUCUGUAGGAUUUUCUUUCAUGAACAGGGUAUUGAUUUACAAAACCACCUCAUUUUCUAGAGAUUUCAAGUGCUAAUGUUAAAUUUUAUCUUUUGUUGUCAAAAAUUAAAUCCUUUAUUUUCUCAAACAUAUUGUUUUUAUUUAAAAUCAUUCCAUUUUUUAAAACUUUUCUGUUUAAAAUAAUAAAUUUUCAUGUUCCUUUUAUGUUAUAAGAAAAAGACCAUUUAUAGAGAUUAUGAGAUUUAUCUUGAUAUUUUGUAUUAAGAGAAAUAAAUUCUUUCAAUGUCAGUAUAUAUGAAUCAAAUCUGUUUGAUUUUGAAUAUUAACAUGUGUUGUUAGUUAUUUUUGUGAAGAUUUUUGUCUUUUUAAUCCGUUUCAGUGUAUUUGUGUACUGGUUUGAAUUAUUUUCUUAUGGUUUUAUUAUAAAGAAUAAGGUAAACUAAAAUCAAAUGAAAAUUCUUGAGGAUGUGUUAAUUUCAUUCUUGAGUGGUUCACUGUAAUGUAUAUAACAUUUGCAGGACAUAUAUGAUUUUUCUUCUUUUGAUGGAAAUGAUUUUCAAUUAAAUUGCCAUUUUAAAAGUUGGAAAUUUAUUUUUAAAUACCUAUUUUAUUUUUUUAUUCAAAAUAUUGCAUGAUCUUGUAUUUAUUUUAUUGUAAAGGAUGUGUGGAGCUGAAGUAUAGUUUGAUAAACUGUCCGAAAAAUUAAUCUUUAGAAUUGAAAAUAAAAUUCAUGAAAUAAUUUCUUUAGACUCAGAAUAUAAUAAGAAAAUUGUUACAUUUGUUUAUAUAAAUUUAUAAAAGCAAACAAAUUGACACUUGUGAGAUGCAUCUUAUUGACAUAAAUAAAAAAGAUUUUUUUUUUUUUUUUCCCCUCGCACACCAGUCUAGAAAAUGUAGGAUGCAUUGUUUAAAUGAAAAUUUUAAUUAAAUUUUGAAUAACAGAUGGUUUAUUAAAUAUUUUGAAUAUCACAUGUAUUUAAUAUUUAUAAUAAUUUUUUAUUUCCAACUUAAAACAGUUAUUAAGGCUUUUUUCUUUUAUGUGUUAUAAUGGAAAAAUAUACUAUCACAUGUUUAAGACAUGUUAUGAAGUUCUGUUUAGUUUAAUGAUUUCAAGAACUUGGUCAUAGAUAAUUCUGAAAAUCAUUUCCUAGUUUAUAUAGUGUGCAUUUUAUGUUAUAUGCUUUUACUUAGUUUAGUUACAGUACAUAAAGAAUGCUUAUUUUCUUUUUUUGUGUGUGUUUAUGCUGUUGAAUGUUUUUGAAAAAGGUGAUAAAUAUUUCAUCAGAUUUUGUCUUUUACAUAUUAAUUUCUUUCUUAUACAACAUUUCUCCAUGUGUUAUAUAAAUCUUUAUAUAUCGGGAAAAUAUGUUAAGAUGUUAAAUUCAUUAAAUGCCACAUGAAUAUAUAGAUUCAGAAUAGUUUUACCUUCAACAAAAUUAUAAUUAUGAAUAUAAAUUAUUUAUAUAAACAUUGUUCAAAACUGUAUCGUCUGACUCUUAUGUUCAUUUGUAAAACAUAUAUGGCAGUUAGUCAUUCUGUUAAAUUAGAAUGUUAAGUCAGUAUCCAACUAUUUACACCCAUAUUUUAUCAUGCUAUUUAUGUAUGCUUUUUUGAUGUUGAAUUGUUAUAUUGUUACUGCAUAAAGUUUAUAAUGAGGCAGUUAUUUUACUUGUUGAAUUCAAUCUACUAAACCUUUUGUGCAGUGUAAUAACUAAACCAUAGUUUUUGUCAAAGAUUGUCAUUCUAUAUCAGUAAAGGCAUUUCAAAAACAAAAACAAAAAUCCCUGGUACAGGUUAUUUUGUAGAUUUUUUUAAUCUGCAAAUGAUUGAAUUAUAAGUCUGAAUUUCAUCAAAAUCAUUGCAUUUAUAUCAGAAAUAUCCAUACCUAUGAAAAUACCAUCAUUUUCAUAUUAACUGAAACCAGUUAUUUUUAUGAUUGAAUUUUAGUUUAGUUUAAUAUUUAACGAUAGACUUAUUUCUUAAAAAAGUACAUCUGUGCUGCAUAAAAAUGUGUGCGGCAAAUGAAUGGGACAAAGUUACUUACAGCAUAAAUAGGAUCUUUAUAUAAUUACAUAUAACAACUUUAUGUUAAUUUCAAAGGAAUUAUUCUUUUUUAUUAUUAUUGUUAAUAUUAUUUCUACAAUUAUGGGCAAUUGUUUUCUCCCCUUCAUUAAAAUUUUUUUCAGUGAUAUUUUCAUUGGAUUUUUUUUUUUAUAUAUCCAUAGCUUAGUCAUGAAAAGACUUUUUGCUCAUUUUUCUUGAUAAAAGUAACUGGUUUCAUGAAAUCAUUUUUAAAUAACUUUUUCAUUCUUGUAUGUUUAUAUAUCUCUCAGAUGAAGUCACUUUGAUAAUAAGCGAUUCAUUAUUAUUUUCAUGGCUAUAUGGGUGUUUCUUCUUGUACAAUGUCAUUCUUCAUUCCAAACUUACAUAUAUUAACUAGUCUUUUAUUUGCAGCAUUUUUUAAUUUUCAGUUUAAACUCAUCAUAGAUUAAUCAGUGAUAAUAAUUCUGUGGACAUUUUUUUUUCUCCUUUUGUUUCAUGUUCUUCAUAGAUAAUUACUGUUCUUGUAGAAAUUUGAUAUGAAAGUAUGCCUUCUGAUAACAAAAUUGUCAGAUAAUGAUAUGAAACUUUGUUUCUAUAAUAAGUGCAUUAAUUACGCUCAAAUAUAAAAGUCAUAUGAGAUGUUACUAUUGCUACAUGAUGAAUAUAGUUUAUAAUUGAAAAGAUUUUAUAUUAAAAAUAGCAAGUAGAAGGCAAAUCUAUUGCUUGAUUAAAAAUAAUGUUACAUUUUAAAAUAUGUAACAGUUAUCAUGCAUUAAUAAUUAUGCAGAAUGGAUUUAUUUUUUUAAUGUUAAAAUAUUAACUUUUUUGCUCCCUUAAAAUGUUUUUCUUAGUUAUUAAAUAUGCAAAUGACUCUAUUGAUCAUAUUAGUUUUAGAGCAUCAGUUCUCAAUCUUUUGUCAGUUAUUAUUUCCUAUUUAACUAAUAUAGAAAACAUGAUUUUUUUUUAUUUAAAAAAAGUUGAAUUAUAUUAAUUUUUGAUUGCAAUGUGAAUAUCAUUUCUAUAAUUUGUUUAAUACAUGCUAUUUAAGAAUUAAAUGUAUUGCAUCAUCAGUAUCCCUGAAAAUAUAUUAUAUUCAGGUAGAGAACUUAGCUGUUAAAUGACUGCAGUUUUUAUCUUUUUUCCUAAAUGUAGCAAAUUAAGAUACAGUUUUGUUUAAAAGGUAUUUUUAUAAAGACAGAUUUUUAAUGCAAAAAUUAAGCAUUUCAUCAUAAUAUAUUUCAUAUACCAGUUAACAUUAAGCAUGUUUAUUCAUUUAGAUAAUAUUAAUGUUUAUUAGAAGUUAGAUUAAAUAAUUAGAAUCAAACAUGAACUUUUGCUGUAAAGAAAAAUUUACUUAUUAAAUAAUCAGUCUUAUAUUUUAGAGGGAUUUUUUUCAUAUUAAAAUUGAUUUUUGUUUAUUAUUAUUAUUAUUUUGCUUCAGUUAAUUUAAAUGCAAAAAUACAUUAUCUGAAAAGAAAUGUCAUUUUCUUAUGUUUUACCAAUUUUCUGCUUCCAAUGUUAUUACUUCUGUUCUAAGUACAAGUUAGCUUGUAAAUCUGCUUGGCAAUAUAAAUUCUACAUACAAUACAGAAGUUGAGAGAUUUCAGUCUGAUAUACAUAUUUGUGUUCAUUUUAUUUUUUAAUAAUUAAAAGGCAGGUAUAUAUUUUAAUAAGCUUUAUACUAUGAGAUGGUGAAGUAAUUGAAUGCAUUUAUAUUUUUUCUUAUUAAAUAUAACAAUGUAUGAAUUAGCAUAACAUUUUCAUUGUGUUAUAGACUGAGAACUGUCGCUCUAGACUGUGUGGGAUUCUUUCUUAUCAUACCUUUUUAAAAA